GGCUGCAAAGUACCGAUAAAGGCUUUUCAUCUGCUUUGAAAGUGUUUUGAUACAGCUAGGAUAUACGUACGAAUCGCUAUUAUGGCUGAAAGAAGAGUUGUGUUAGCCAUUGAUGGGAGUAACUACAGCGACGAAGCAUUUAACUUCUACUGUGAGAACUUGCACAAAGAAAACGAUUUGAUUCUUGUCAUUCAUGCUUUUGAACUGAACAUAAUCCCUACAGCAUCCUAUCCUUAUGGCCUUGUUUAUGCUGAACAGUGGAGCGACCUUUCCAGGGAGGCUAAUGAAGAAUCAGAAGAAGUAUUAAGAAAAAUAGGGAGAAAGUGUGAAGAACACAGUAAACAAAAUGACAAGUUUAAAUUUGAGCUGUACAAAGAAGACGGGAAACCUGGAGAGGUCAUUUGCAAGUUUGCCCAAGACAAGAAAGCCGAAAUGAUUGUGAUUGGUUGUCGUGGCCUCGGUGCUAUUGGACGUACUCUACUGGGUAGUGUGAGCGACUACUGCGUGCACAAUGCUCACAUUCCAGUUGCUGUGGUACGUUCGUCGUCUCCUGAGGAACACAAGAAGUAAUUUAUUAUUAGAAAGAUUUUUUUGUGCGGAUUUCUUGCAAAUACAGCUACACUGUAGUUUCCCUGCUAGCAGAGCCUAUUUUCCUUUUGUUUUGGUGGAGUGAGAAAAAUAGACUCUGCCGAUGUAGGACGUUAUACUUGUCGCGUAUGCGUGGCGUAACUUAGAAACGCUGUCAUUUUCACGUUUGGCGCCACGGUGUGUUACAUUUGCUCAUGCGCACUACAUGUACCUGUACAUGUACAUGUACACUACAUGUUUUAAAACUGGUUUCGUUUGUCUCAAAGAAAACGCUCUACAUCGGCAGUCUCCCUCCUCCCCGCCUAAAAGAAGGGAGAGAAAGAGAAGAGAGACUCUGCUAGCAGCAGAGUUAUUAGAGGGGAACUGGUUAGGAGACCCGGCAAACUUCAAAGGGAUAUGUCUUAGUUACGGAUUUUGCUUGGUCAUGUGGUCACGACCGUGCACACAAAAUCUAGACAAGCGAGUAGCGUAGUAGUUUCUUAGAGAAGUCUUGCGAUAUUUAUAGUUAGUUUUUUCGAUUUAAACAAUAAUUUACCCUAUGGAUUAGAUGCUGAUAGUCAACUCUGGCUAGCAGGGAACACUGUAGUAUAUACCAGUUUCAAUUUCCAAUGUUUUUUUUUUUCCUUCUCUAAACUUACCGGCAAUAAUAGAGACGGUAUUCAGUAAAUGAAGCUAUUGUAUCCAACAAGUCUUAGCUGACCGUUUAAAAGAUGCAUAACAUAUAGACUACAUGGUUCUUAUCUUGCUACUGAUAAAUCAAAAGGGUAAAUCACAUCCCCUUUAAUUUUAAGGUAUUAAAAAGCAUUUUAUUAGGUUUGCAUCUUAUUAGGUUUGCAUCUUAUUAGGUUUGCAUCUUAUUAGGUUUGCAUCUUAUUAGGUUUGCAUCUUAUUAGGU